AUGGGUUGCACAGUACUAACUUCUUCUGCGGAGCAGUUGUUUUACACGGUAUAUUUUAUUAUUCAUAUCCCAUUAACGAUUUUUAUUGAUUCUACAAUAUGUUUCCCACCAAUGACUGAGACGCUUAACAGCAUGAUCGAAUGGCACAUUGCUGCUAACAACGAUUUCUUGUUGUUGGAGAAACCAUCUUGGUUCUAUUGGAUGGUAAUCCUUGAGUUAAUCUUUCAAUUGCCAGCAUUUUUCUAUUUCAUUAAGAAUAUGACUGUGUUUAAUCAGGGAAAUAAUGAUUCUACGAAAGAAGUUAAGGCCCAAAAGUUAACCAAACGUAAGACUGUUGCCAGAUUAUUAAAAUUGUAUGGACUGAAUGCGUCAUUGACCUCGUUGUUCUGCAUUUGGGUGAUUUAUCAACGUGGGUACUAUCCGGCCACAGGUCUUCCAUUAAAUUCCAUGGAUAAAUUUAAAUUGAUAGCUUACUAUACACCAACGUUCCUAAUCCCAUUACGUCUAUGUAUGUUAUAG